CCAUGUGACGAGCCUCGGUGGUGACGGGUUGAAGGUGAGGUGGGGGGAGAGAGGCGGAUGGGCUGGUGGUGUAUAAGAGCAGAGACAUUUUUGGGGUUUUGGUCAGGUUGUAAAUAUUUGUGCUGAGUGAUAUUCAUUCAGACACUGAAGGACAAAGCCACGGUGCCAAUUUGAAGAUGAGACGGAUCGUGGUGUUGGCGAUUCUCAGCUUCAUCACGUGGAUGAGCUCGGUCCAUGCAAUACAUGGACCCGUGUCCGGUUGUUGUCUUGGUGUGUCCAACACCAGAGUUCCUCUAUGGAAAAUUAAGAAUUACACAAUUCAGUUUGAAGGUGUCUGUCCUUUCACAGCCAUAGUGUUCCAGACGGAGCUUGGAAAUAGAAUUUGCAAAGACCCCCAGAGCGACUGGGCAAAAAAAGCCAAGAUGAAGGUGGAUGAGGCAAAAAGGUUGCUUGAGAUGGAACAGAAUAAAAAGGCAUCCACAAGAGACUUCGCAUCAACAGUCCCCAGUACAACAAAAAAAGUCACGGUGAAGGUGGACGAGGAGGCAAAAGGGUUUGUUGAGAUGGAACAGAAUACACAGGCAUCCACCUCCGAUCCCCAGAGCGACUUGACAGAAAAAGUCACGGUGAAGGUGGAUGAGGCAAAAGGGUUGCUUGAGAUAGAGCAGAAUACACAGGCAUCCACCUCCGACCCCCAGAGCGACUGGGCAGAAAAAGUCACGGUGAAGGUGGAUGAGGCAAAAGGGUUGCUUGAGAUAGAGCAGAAUACACAGGCAUCCACCUCCAAUCCCCAGAGCGACUGGGCAGAAAAGGUCACGUUGAAGGUGGAUGAGGCAAAAGGGUUGCUUGAGAUAGAGCAGAAUACACAGGCAUCCACCUCCGACCCCCAGAGCGACUGGGCAGAAAAGGUCACGGUGAAGGUGGACGAGGAGGCAAAAGGGUUUCUUCAGAUGGAACAGAAUACUGAGUCAUCCACGAGUGACUUUGCAUCAACAGUCCCCAGUACAACUAAAGCACCAGUGAAGCAAGGCAGGAAAAGAAGGAGGCGGCGAUGGCGGCUGAAGUCCAGAAGUGGGAGAAUUGGGAAAUGUUUCUGAUGGCGUCUUUCAAACCUGCUUUGUAACAUUAACAGCAAAGAGAACUGAAAUGUAUUAUUAUCAUGAUUAAACAUCCAGAAUAUAUAGCUGUGAUGUCAGGACUCUGGUCUCUAGUUGGAUUCCAGAUGCCAACCCCACACCAAUUUUACUGCAUUUCCCAGGUGUGUGGAUUAAUAAAGUUUUAUCUUAUCCUAUCUUAAGUUUGUCUUGAUCGUACCUUAUGUAAACGUGUGCGUAUGCCCGUCAAAGUAUUUUUCACUGUCACUUCUCAAUAAAAUCUUUCUGAGCAAAUG